AUGGCGACAGGGGGGACAUCUGCUCAACCAACAGAAGAAGAUGCGACAGAACUACAGUUUCCAAAAGGUUUGAGCUAUUCUGUUUUUCAUGACUUUGCAGAGAUAUGAUUAUAUGACGCAUUGAUUAAGUAACACAAAAAUUAUUGUAUCCUGAUGUCCCUCAGAAAAGAAAAAUUUAUCCUCUUCUUCAUAUAUUUCACUCAGUAGGAUCGCCUUUGUACGCACAAGAUCUCUUUGAUUUCUGUAAUACUCAGCAGAGUGGCGGCCCCACUCACAUUAUAGAUAAGGGCGGUAAACUGAAGCAUACAAUUUUAAUUUAAGUGUAUCACCAUAUUUAAUUCGCUUUCUAGAAUUUGAAAGUGCGGAAACAUUGUUAAACUCCGAAGUGUACAUGUUGUUGGAACACAGAAAGACGCAGAACGAAGGAGCAGAAGAAGAGCAAGAACUAUCGGAAGUUUUCAUGAAAACCCUUAACUACACACAGAAGUUUAGUCGAUAUAAAAACAGAGAAACCAUCGCUCAAGUGAGAAGGUAACAGAAUGAAAUUAAUUCAAUGCUGAUACACGUACCAAGAAACCUCAGAGAGAGAAAAUACUCAACCCUGAAACUACCAAGAUCGAAUUGAAUUGCAAUCCUCCUUUUCCUUAGUGUUCUUUUUGCCUUCAAAUCAAAUACAUUUCUUGUUGCUGUGCAAAACUAAGUAGUUGUACAUUAUUAUUAGCGUUUAGCAGUUAAUACGCCUAAUUCUUCAACAAGUUUCUACUCAUCUCCUUGUAAAUUAGUUUCAAGAAUUUGGUGUGAGAUCAAGAGUUUCAACUUCUACCUGAUAAGUUUGAGUAUCCUCAUAACCUGUUUGCUGGAUUAUGUAUGGAUAUUAUAUGGAGAAGUUACAUUCUAAUCACUUUUAAAAGUUAAAGGGUUAAAAAAAUAGAUCUUGUCAUAACAUGCUGGCUAAUUCUUAAAGUAAAAUAUGAGAGUGUUGUGCUUGUGAAUCAAAGGGCAAUCUUUCCAGACAUUAAGAGCAACUGAUCAGUGAUGCUUGACUGAUAAGACUAUUUCUGUGGCAUAUGAACAGAAACAGGAAAGAUUUUCCUACUUUAGAGGUAAAUAAUAAAGGAUAUUUUAGUUUAUAUAAUCUAUUGGAGGAAAGAUGCAUAGAUGAUGUCAUCAUUAACCCUUUAUCUCCCAAGAUCUCACCAGUAAUUCGCCUUACUGUCUGCCAUAUAGUUCUUGUGAUGUUAGUUUCAAGAAUUUGGUAUUGCAUCAACUAAUAACCCCCUAAUUAAUAUUUUUCUUUAUUCUUAUCACUUGUCUGUUUGAUAUUGUAUUGAUAUUGUAAGGAGAAAUUCUGUUGUGGUCACUCAUGAGAGUUAAAGGGUUAACAACAUCUUGCUUUUCCAUCCUAUAAAACAAAGUGUUUCCAUAUUGCUAUGGCUUUGUUCAGUAAAAGAUCACAGAACAUGUCAAAAUAUAAUAACAUCAGUGAUAUUCUGUAGUACCUCAUGAGCCACUUUUUUUUUCCUUAUCACAUAUGAUGUCAUCUGUGACACUUUUUUUUUCUUUUCUGAGAUCUAUCACUGAACAGAUGCUCAGCAAAAUAGAAACUAUUUUUUCUGAACAGAGUAGUGACCUCUGAAAAACAACCACCUUCUCUCAUCUGCUUGUUAGUUUUACCCCAGACUGAUUGUUGCUAUGAAGUUCAACUUUAUUUUCAGUUUCUGACAAUCCAAACCUCUUGUUAUAGUUUGCUAGGCAAGAAGAAACUGCACAAGUUUGAACUAGCCUGUUUGGCCAAUUUAUGUCCUGACACAGCAGAAGAAGCUAAGGCCUUGAUUCCAAGGUGAGUGUUUACCUUUCAGACCCUAGCAUCAGUAUACAUGUUCUCCAUUCUGUUCUUUAUACGUUGUCUAUGAAGUUGUCAAGGAGAAUUUGUGUAACAGUCAAAUGUUUGUUUGGUGAGGGAUUGUUUUCUUUACACCUAAUGUUUUUAUUCUGCAGUGUUACUGCAAAGAGAAAUUAGAUGCAAGUCAUUCCUUGGGAUAAAGGUUUAAUUAACCCUUUAACUUCCAUAAAUGACCAAGGCAGAAUUUCUUCUUACAAUGUCAAUACAUUAUCAAGCAGACAAGUGAGAAGAAUAAAGAGAAAUAUCAAUCAGGGGAUUAUUAGUUGAUCCAAACCCAAAUUCUCCCUACCAACAUUGCAAAAAUUGUACUGGAGACAGGAAGGAGAAUUACUUAUGAGAUCUUGGGGGUGAAAGGGUUAAAAAUCCAUGUUUCACUGCAUACACAUUUCUCGCAUUUUUCCCUACCCCUAAAGGGCUUGGAAAAAUACUAUGCAACUGGUAAGAUAUCCUUCUCCUCCCUCCCCGUAUUGUUUGUUGAACGGUCAAAUACAGUGUAUUAAAACCCAUUUCCUAUGUUGAUAAGCACUUGCUCAAUUUGUUACAGAAAGCUUUAUUAUCUAAACUCUUUUUUUCAGUUUGGAGGGAAGGUUUGAUGAUGAUGACCUACAGCAACUACUGGAUGACAUUCAGACUCAUAGAAGUUUCCAGUACUAGCCAGAUGUAUGACAGCUUGAGAUAUUUAAAACCAAGCCACACCUAUGAUAUCUCCUUCUGUUAGCAAGAAAACACUAAAACAUGACUUGAAAAAAGUCAUCAAGUUGACUUGUUAUCCAAGCGAUGCAAGUCCUACUUUGGAUGUCAGAAGACAGUCCCAACAUUUGAUGUUUUAUUUGUUAUAAAUUAAGGAAGUCUAUAUUUUGUAGAUCAGACAUGGGUGUGAAGUCCUUACAACUUACUUUAUUGAUGUUGCUCUAAACAAUAAGAAAGCAGACAGAGAGAAAUUGUUUCAUUUGACUUAUGCGCACACACACUCACAAUCAGAUCAUCUCUUCUGAGGUACAACAAAGUGCCAGUUUGUAACUUACAGUAUGAAUGAUAAUCUUUUUAUUCUUGCUAAGUCAUAUUACUCCUAGGGUAAUAUAGUGUUAUCAGCUGAGGGCUAACACUUGAAACAGUAGCUUUCAAACUCUUUACGGUGGCCAUUUAACAUUAUCAACUCAGUCGAUAAUACUAAACUACCCUGUUAUACUCUCUCACCCACGCAGCUCCACAGUUUCUUAAAAAACUUUCCCCCUUUAUUCAUAUUACUCUCACCUACUACCAUUCUUGUUAUGACUAAAUUGGUGUUAACUGGUGUUAAUUACUCUUAUUCAUUUAUUGCUAAUAAAAUAAUCCUGGGGGUAUUCAUAACAGGAAGGCCAAAAGAGGACCAGGAGUUUAGAUAUAGUUUUUUGACAUUUUAGUUAAAGAAUUGAAAGGACAUGAUAGGUGUUGAAAAGGAUAAAAUUGUUAAACUGAAAAUGACAGCAGAUUUUUAGAUGUUGAGAGAAAGCUUGAAAACUUGAAACCUGAAAGCAUGGAAAACAGAUGAAAAAAGUUGACCUUGACAGCUUUUUGAAGCCAUAGGUUUUCCAUGGCAUCAAAUGUCGAGUUCUACAGAGUCGCAUUGUGGUGAAAGAUUCUUAAAAAUUCUGCAAAAUGAAUCGCAAAAAUAUUAUCACCCGAAGAAGUGUGUUUUAUUGUCACAAGUCGAAGGAAUAGCCC